AUGGGCUGGAAUUCCAAACUGAAGAAUAGCGACAACCGUCAGGCUCUAGAGUCGACGACGCCUCUUAACACUAAAACGACGUCGUGGCUAAAAGAUCCCGGACUUCGCCCCCUCAAUUUUGGUCUCUUCUUCCUUCUAUUUGGUGAUGUUGCUCAUGGUUUCGACGGAUCUUUGAUCAACAACCUUCAACAGAUUAGCAAAUGGCAAGAUGACUUCGACCACCCCCGAGCAAGUCUCCUAGGUGCCAUGAGCGCAUCGUACUGGAUCGGGAACAUCCUAGGAGUCAUUCUCAUCCCCCUGGUCGCCGAUCGACUCGGCCGGCGCAUCGCAAUUGCGACAGGUUCGUGCCUUUGCAUCGUAGGUGCGGCAAUUUGCGCAGCGACAGUAAACCACGGAGCCUUCAUCGCUGGCCGUGUUCUUCUUGGCAUGGGAGGAGUCAUGUGCUCUUCCGUUUCAACGGUCUUGAUGACGGAGCUGGCGUACCCAUCCCACCGGGCGACGGCGACGGCAUUGAGCAGCACGACAUACAGCGUCGGGGCCAUCUUGGCCGCCUGGGUAGCCUUUGGGAGUUUCCGAAUUUCGGAUUCAUGGGCGUGGAGAACGCCGACACUGAUUCAGGCCUUUCCAUCGGCGAUGGUGCUUUGCGGACUCUUUUUCUUGCCGGAAUCGCCUCGAUGGCUUUGCAGCAAGGGCAAGGAGCAGACGGCGCUUGAUAUUCUCACAAAGUACCAUGGCGCAGGUGAUGCCAACGACGCAGUCGUCCAGCAUGAAUACGCCGAGAUCAAAGAGACCAUUGAAGCAGAAAUCACGCAGAACAGAAACCCUUUCCACCUCAAGGCUCUAUUCGCAACCCCGGGAAACCGUUGGCGAUCAUUCAUCAUCAUCUGGUGCGGAAUAUGCAAGCAGUGGUCCGGGAACGGACUGGUAUCAUACUAUCUGGGCAGCAUGCUCAAAGGCGCAGGCAUCACUAAACAGAUCGAGACAACGCUGAUUACCGCAACAUCUCAGAUGUUCAGUUUCGCGUGUUCCUUUGCCUUUGCCUUUCUUCCGGCGCGUGUCGGUCGCCGGCCCCUCAUGCUAACGAGUAUGGCCGGAAUGUGGGUGGUAUUCGCAGUGAUCACGGCCACGUCCGGCGCCUAUGUCGAGACAGGGAACCGCCACGCAAGUUACACAACCGUAGCGUUCAUCUACCUCUACAGCGGUGUGCAUAAUCUGGGCUGGACGGGCGCACAAAUGCUCUACAUUGUCGAAAUCCUUCCCUACACCAUCCGCGCCAAGGGCAUGGCCAUGUUUUCUCUUGUCGCGGGUAUUUGUGGAGCCUUCAAUACCUACGUUAAUCCUCUUGGCAUUGCAGCCAUGUCCUGGAAGUUUUACUUCUUCUAUGUUGGUUGGAUUAUUGUCCAGUUCAUUGUUGUAUACUUGUUCUUCCCCGAGACCAAGGGACCCAGCUUGGAACAGAUUGCACUGCUCUUUGAUGGUAAAGAUGCUCAGAUGGGCCGAGUCAAUGUUGUAGCAGAAGAGAUGCUGGAUGAGAAGGGUGGAGUAGCGUUCCAGACAAAGGAAUAG